UCUUACAGUUUUAACAAUGGUCUUUGUACACAGCUGUUACACACGCGGAAGAUUUACUGUAAUAGUUGAAGUGUAGACGAUAUUGAAAUGGCGAACAGAGAAGUAUCGAAAGAUUUCAGCGAUUCAUUAAACUGUGGAUGUGACUCUGUAACUGAAAUGUUUUGUGAAUCAUGCACAAUAGACGAUAAUUAUUCCACGGCGGAAGAAUUUUGUGUUGAUUGUGUAAAGUAUUUCUGUGCAACGUGUAUGAGAUUUCAUAAACGAUUUCUUCUUAAUCAUGUACAUCAGGAUCAACAUUCUAUGCCGCAGGACUUUUGCCUUGAAAUAUGUGAGGUACAUCCUAAGGAGAUAAUAAAAUUUUUCUGUGAAGCUUGUAGCAGAUUUGCCUGCUCAGAAUGCAGGAGUAAUCUUCACCAAAACUGCAAGACUGUCAGACACGUGCCUAAAUUAGUACAAAGUAUUGAAAAAAGUUCAAACUUCCAAUCGUUUAAAAGCAAAAUUGAUCAUAGUGAAACAGAACUAAAACGAAUAACCGAAUCAUUGAUACAAGCAAAAUAUUCAGAUGUAGAAAAGUGUUGCAAUUAUGCGAAAACAGCCAUUAAAAUUCAAAGAGAAGAAAUGAAUAAGCAAUUUGAUGGUCUCGAAAUGAAUAUUCAGAGAAGUAUCGAGAAAAUCAGAACUGAUGACACCAAGCAGCUGGACGAUCUAACAUCACAAUAUAAUCAACUGAAAUCGAAAUGCGAGUCUUUGAGACGUAACGUGGAAAUAAUGCUAACAACAGGACAGCGGAGCAAGCUAUGCAUUACUAUGAAGAAUUCUGAGAAUGUUGUGGAUUUAUUUGAAAAGAGUAUUGCAGAAAUUGAAAAUCUAAGCAAAGUGCAGAACUACAUUUAUAACCCGAACAGAUAUCUUCAGGCAGUAAUAGAAGACUGUGAUAGAGUUGGAUAUCUUGCCGAUUCAGAAAACUUAAAGUCGAUCAAAAGAAACAGACAAGGAAUGCAUUACAGCAGACCCAAACAUGGUCUGUUCAAGAAUGCGUUACAGAGCUGUGGCAAAAAUGAAACUUGUGAUUUUCUGCAAGACGACAUGAAUGUGUGGAGAGCAGAAAUUAUCAACAUAGCUGUCAUCGGUUGUUCCGGAGCUGGCAAAUCAACGUUUAUAAAUAGUAUGUGCGAAUUUGAUCCUGAAGAUACGGCUGCGGCAAAAGUUGGGUUGACAAAAACGACCAAAAAUAUUACUCCGUACUCACUCCGAAGAAAUGAAAACGUUAAGCUUUGGGACUUUCCUGGGUUUGAAACUAUGAAUGUGAAAAAGGAAAGGUACUUAGACUUAUUUAGUUUAAAGAAGUUUGACUUUCUUAUAGUUGUUACAUCAACGCGUUUGACAGAGACGGAAAUAUACUUGAUGAAAGAAAUUGAACAUCAUGGCAAAUUUGUUUACCUGCUUCGAAGCCAUUUCGAUUGUGAUGUAGAAAGUUGUUUACUGCAAAAUGAUUUCCGGAAUGAUGACAUUGUGGAAACGCUUAGAACACGGGUUAUUUCUUCGUAUACCCAAGUCUUAAGGGAUUUAAAAAGUAAUGGCAACGUGUUCCUCAUUGACGGUUGCGCUUUAAACCAGUAUGACUACGAGAGGUUUGAAAAAACGAUUAUUGCCGAUGCCGCUAAAAUCAGUGAAAGUAAAGCACUUGAAAUUAUCUUUGCCUUGCCAAUUACAACGAAAUAUGCGAGGGAAGUUAAGACUGUCCGACUUGAACAACAAUUAACUCGAAAAGCUUUGCAUGCUGCACUUUGUCUUCCUUUAUAUAUAGAAGUUGUGAGGUCUUUAUUAAAAGAGAAAGAACUUUAUAUCAGGCAGUUUCCUAAUCCAAUUACAUUAGGGCUUAGUUUAAAUGCAGAUAUUUCAAACGUAGAGGUCGAGCUGUCAGAUUUAGAAGAAAGACUGUAUCACAGUCAUGUUCAUUCGGCAGUAGAUAAAUUGUUUCAACACUGUGACAAGACGGCACAAUUUCUGUUACCUUGCUUCGAUAUUGUCCAAAUGUACACGCUUUGUAGGGUUUGGUUACAGAAAAAUCUUGAGCGUUUGCUGCCAAGUUCAUAAGUAAAUGAAUGCAUUAGUCUGCUCAAAUACAAAACGAUAUUUGAUUUCGCCUACAUAUACGCAGAUUUUAUAGUGGUUAUAAUUCCAUAGAUGUAAAGGAAGCAGAAUGAAACAGGAGACGUUAUAAUGGAUUCUAUGAACAAAAUAUAAAACUGGAAAUGCUUAAGCUCAGGAAUGGAAAUACCUAAAUGUUUCAUUAGAUGCAAUAUUGAAUAGUCAUAGAACUAAACAUAUUGUACAAGGAAAUAUACUUGCGAGGAUGCGGAACAGUGUUUAAGAAAUGCACAGGACAUAAGAAGUUGGAGUGUUUAGUUUAUACCGAUAUGGAAAUCAGCGUCAUUUACUCUAGUCUCACUACUAGUCAAAACCGCUCAGAAUAGUGUAAUCGUCAGGUGCUAGCUUGACAAUGGGGUUUCAAUAACCCGAUGACUCAAUUUUUGAGGUGCAAUUAUCUUCAUUUUAUUGUUUUAAGGUUAUUGUGCAGUUACAUUUUUUCAUUUUUAUCGUCUUGUACAAGUAAAGUUCCGCUCAUAAUACUUCAUAAGCGAUAAAUUACGCCAUCUGUGCCAAUUGAUUCCUGAAAUCAGAGUGCAAAGUACUUUUUAUUUCGAGCCAAGAUGAAAAUAUGACUUUUCUCUGACUUUGGAUAUUGAAUCUAAAAUUCUCGAAGAAGCAAAAAAGAGAAAUAUCCACUUCACAAGCAGAGACAUUGAUAAGUGUCACAGGAAGGGUAAACUCGUAGAUAACGUAAGCAGAAGGGUGAUUAUCGAAUUCACUAAUUCGAAGCUUAGGUAACGCCUGUAUGCUUCUAGGAAGGAAUUAUGCCGAUGGUAUAUUUGUACAGGAAAAUUCGACUCCUUAUCGUGAAAAUCUUGCCUUCCAUGCACGACAGUUAAAAGGAGAAAAUACCUUUUGAAAUAUUGUCAAUAUGAAUGAUAUAAUAAACCUUAUAUCAAAUUAAUGUAUUACUUUAUUUAGCUCAAACAUAUAUAUUGUGAAACUACAUUGAUAUUUUCUUGCCUAUAAUGAUGUUUGUGACUAUGUGUAAAAUGAUCGGUCGGAUUUGUAUUUUAUUUUAUAUUAGCAGCUGAUUUGUCUGUGAUAAAUUAUUUUUAUACUAUUUUAUACAAAUAUAGAUG